UACUCUCUCUCUCUGCCUGAGACCCCCUCGCUCACACAGGACUUGAUAUAGAGGCGGUGUUGGAGCAGACGGAGCUGGCUUGCAGGAAGAGAGAGGAUAGGGAGGAGGGCUGCAGGAAAAAAAAAAAAAAAAGACUGAGCGCACAGUCCUGGGAAGAAGAAGAAUGCCUGGAAGAGACCGCCACUCGCACAAUGACCUGAAGGUGUUCAGCUUCAGUUGAGAAUGGCGGGAGAUUCCAGAGUCCUCAUGGACCACAACAUAGAGAUAGGUGUCACGCCUGCACAGGUGAAGAAGCUUCCCAAACACUUACGGGAUGCCCAGAUCUCAACAGAGCGAACGCACUUGAUAUCCGACCCCGCCAAGAAGCCACGUCAGCGCUACGUGCAAAAGGACGGCAAGUGCAACGUCCACCAUGGAAACGUACAAGAGACCUACCGAUACCUCAGUGACUUGUUCACAACACUUGUCGACCUCCGCUGGCGUCUUAGUCUCUUUAUUUUCACCCUGGUCUACGUUGUCAACUGGCUUUUCUUUGGCUUUCUGUGGUGGUUGAUUGCACUCAUCCGCGGGGAUCUCCUGCAUGCAGACGAAGAGGGCUGGACCCCCUGCGUGGAGAACAUGAACAGUUUUGUCUCGGCCUUUCUUUUCUCCAUCGAGACAGAGACUACAAUUGGGUACGGUUAUCGUGUCAUCACGGAGAAAUGCCCGGAAGGUAUCGUUCUGCUUUUGGUGCAGGCCAUACUGGGUUCCAUUGUCAACGCCAUGAUGGUGGGCUGCAUGUUCGUCAAGAUCUCACAGCCUAAGAACCGCGCAGAGACCCUCAUGUUCUCGCACAAAGCCGUCAUAUCGAUGCGAGACAACAAGAUGUGCCUGAUGUUUCGAGUGGGGGACUUGAGAAAUUCUCACAUUGUGGAGGCCUCCAUCCGAGCAAAGCUGAUACGUUCGCAGCAGACGAAGGAGGGGGAAUUUAUCCCGCUCAACCAAACAGACAUAAACAUUGGCUUCGACACGGGGGACGACCGACUGUUCCUGGUGUCGCCACUCAUCAUUUCACAUGAGAUCAACGAGAAGAGCCCUUUCUGGGAAAUGUCCAUGGCACAAAUGGAGAAGGAAGAGUUCGAGAUCGUGGUGAUCCUUGAGGGCAUGGUGGAGGCUACAGGGAUGACGUGUCAAGCAAGAAGCUCCUACCUGGACACAGAAGUUCUUUGGGGCUACCGCUUCACACCCGUUCUCUCCCUGGAGAAGGGCUUCUACGAGGUCGACUACAACAACUUCCACGACGUCUACGAGACCAACACCCCUAUCUGCAGCGCCAAGGAAUUGGCGGCCAAGCUCCGGGACGGCCCGCUAUUGCCUCAGCUGUCGUUGCUCAGCCCGGAACCAAAAAUGCAUACUUUUGACCCUCUAAACCGCCUGUCUGACUUGGACCCACUGAGCCAGGUUGAGGACAAGGAGGAAGGGGAAUCAGGAGGGGACAGAGGUGAGACCAAUGGCUCUGCGGCUGCUUUAGAGGAGACGCCCUUUGCUGAUGGACUACCUGACUGAUUAGCCAUGGACAGCCAGCUUGUUCCAUUGCAAGGACACUCUUCUUCAGCCUCUGAAUCAUGCAAUACUCCUCUUCUAGAGUGUCAAUCUAUAGUAUAGAUUGGUUUUUAGACACUGUACUGUAAGUAACGACACACAUACAGCAUCUAUAUCUUCACUUAAAAAGUUGGUGGUGCCGAUUGUCUUUUUAUAAUCCUAUAAUCAUGUCCACUUACUACUAUUACAGUUGUGUGAGGGAAACUCGAUCUGAAGAUUACAGAUUACACCGAGCACAUUAUGGAUAUACCAUUGCUCUGAUUUUAAAGAGUAUUGAUUCAUCUUAGCGAAGCUAAUGUGUCGGACAGACGCUUCUCUGCAGUGAUGGAAGAAAAUUAUUAGCCGUCUCUGUUCAUGUUUCUAAGUUUCCUCUUCACUGGAACAUGUAAGGCUAAUCGUUUGCUCGUAGGAAAACCUAGGAAGCGAUCCAAAUGCAACGAAUAUGCACUUUUUGUUUUCGAGACCCUGUCUUUUCUGUGCGUCUAUCGUCAUGUGUCUGUGACUAAUUGUCUCUCUCGCACACACUGGGAGCUUUGCCCCAAAAUAUGCCAGCUUGUACCUCAUUCUAUGCUCAUUUUCAGGGUAAUUAUCUGCAACAUAGGCUGUUGAAAGAAGACAAUGCAACACAGUGACUAGCUGAUUGGAAGUAGUAAGAUUUUUCCCCCUACAAUUGUGAAGUGGCAUUGAUUUAAUCCUACUGUGGUAAAUUACAACUGGACAGUAGUAGUUAAGAUGCAUUUAAUUGACAAAGACCAAGACCUAAAUGUACAGUCGUCCCUUGCUACAUCACGCUUCAACUGCCAUACAUUGCAGUUAAAAAAACAAAAACACACAGACAAACUUUUUUUAAACAUAAUCUGCAUGUUUUGGCCUGAAUUUAAAUGUUAAAUCAAGUUUUAUUUACUUAUACCACAGUGCAGUAUUUUUUUCUUAUUUUCUAUUAGUAUCAUGCGAUUGUGUUACGGCAGGGGGAGGGGGGGUGUCGCAGCUUACUGCGGGGUUUGUUCCCCCGGGAUGCAGACGGACCACUCCGGACAAGGCAUGCAGGUAGGAACAUGAUUUAAUCUUUAAAACGCGCAUCAAAAACAGAAAACAAGCAGAAGGGAAAACGUGCCGAUCGCACGAGAAACUAAGGUACAAACUUAUGUUCUGUGGUCUGGAUUCUGUUUAGUUAUGUUCUGUUUUGUUUUUGACUAUUAAUUCCUGUUUUUGCGCACCCUGGUUUGCUUUAGUUUCCAUGACAACUCAAUAGUUUCACCUGCCUCGUUUGUCUGAACUCGCGCACCUGUUAUUAAUCAUGUCACUAGUAUUUAAGCCUGUGGUUGCCAGGUAGUCGACCUGGCGACAUUACCCCUGUUACCCUAAUGACAUCAUUCAUCUCUUGCUCUGACCAUGUUGGAUCUCUUGUGUUUGUUCGGUCCAUGCCAUAGUUCUCAUCACCCUAAGUGUUUUUGUUCAUGUUCAUAGUUCUGCCUUUGUGUUCGUUUUGUUCCCUGCAUUAAGUUUUGUACCUCCACUGUGAGCGCCUUUUGUUUGUAGCUUUUGAGUAAAAUUAAAAUCAUGUAUUUACCUUCA